AAUCUUCUGAAGGCCUGACUGGAGUUUGCUCUGCCUCUCGUAUACAAAUCAAGCCAGAACAGCAGCAACCGUCACACGGAGUGGACCAGCUUGUUUACAACUCCCAAGAACGCCUUGUCUUUAGGGAGCAUGACAGCAAAAAGGGAGUUGCCGAAGUAUAAUAUCAAAACGAGGUCGUCUUCCACGACACGCACUGGUGUUUUCGCAACCGAGACCUAAUCGCUUUCACUGGACGGAGACGCGACCGAUUGAGUAGCCUCAUUUGACCGAUCCAACUGCACGGAAACAAACCAAAAGUCAAAAGACGCCUGAGGAGGACACUAUAAAGGCAGCUGCUGCCAGAAAGGAGGUCUCUUAGCAAGAAAACACAAACUGUAUCAACUCUACUGCAGUCACAAACACACAGCAACUACUGGUUACUAAAGAAAGGGUCGAUCUUUAAUCCAGUUAAAUGGCACAGCGAAUGCCUCAUGAAGCUGGUGGACAAGAUGGCCGAUUGGUCCUUGGGAUGUUGGCUGUGCAGGUGGAGAGAGACCCAAAGACGGGUGCCACCGUCAUCAAAUCAGUGGCCCCCAUCUCCUCACCUCCUGGUGCUCCGACAUCUACAACCAUCUUUGACGAUGGGAGGAAGAGCAUCCACACCGUUGGCGGUUCGGUAGGUGAACCUUCGACCGAAGAGCUUGGUGAGAUUUUGACCGUCAUUAAUGACGUCGGGAUGACGGUGCUGCUGGAUGAUGUAGCAGUGACGCCAAACAAGGCAGAGAUUACCACUGGGAAUGGAGAAAGAAACAAAAGUCAAGAUCACGUCCUGAGUUUCAUCACCCCUAAUGGCACAUCAGAGGAGGACUAUACACAGUUGGACAGCUCUGGGUAUGAAAUGGAAGCUGAGAGGAUAAAAGAGUGUGCAAGUGUAAGAAUCCCAGAUAAAGAAACCAAGAUCAUCACCAAAGACACUACAGAAAUUCUGGAAAACAUAAAGGGUCAAAGCCUGGAGGAAGAUCCAGUCACUCUUGUGUUCCUGGGUUACACUGACGACUCGCCUGAGGAGGAUCACAAUGAAGAGGACUACGAAGGCAUGCUCACUGCAGAGCGGGUCAUUAUUACCGAGGACGGCGAAGAACACGUAGUGGAGCCAGGAACCACUGCUUCACUUCAAUCAGCAAGCAAAAGAGAGCAAGAGACUCAGGAAAAGACUCGAGGCACGACCCUUCAGGAUGUUCCACUGAACGAUGACGACACAGAACCCGAAGCCCAGAGAGAAGACAGUGUUGGGAAUGACGGCAGGCAGAAGAAAUGUCGGUGUUGCUCUGUCAUGUAGAAGAUGGUAUAUUUUUAGACACAUAUUUCCCUUAAGCUCAGUCUUUAUCAAAGUGAAAGUCUGAUUUCCCCUCCUAGUGGACAGAGCACAGAGUUUCUUUUUCAGGACUCAAGCAAAAAAAAUGUGGUCAUAUAUCAGCCAAAUAAGUUCAAUACUGUAUGUUUGGGGAUUGCUGUCUGUAAUCAUGUUUUUGCCUGGAUUAACGUGUAAUUGGUCAAGUUUUAUGUUCUUGUUAGGUACAAAAACUGUGACAUCUCUUGACUAGAUGCGUCAAGAGUGCAGUCGCUACAGAGAACAAAAACAUGGUUAUGUUGCUAUGGAUACUUUGGUCUAAGUCUGCUCAUGUAGGAGGGAUUGCUGAAAAGAAUAAGGAGAUUUUAAUAUGUUGAAUUGACUUCAUUAUGCAUUAUUGGAUUAAAUUGAGGGUUUUUUAAAAUUGAAACUAUUUAAUAAUUUUGUAUAUUACGUUUCUUAUGUUUGUUGUAUAAAAAGAACACCUAGUGCCUACCCAACUCCUAACGUCUGCGCCUUUUUAAAAUAAAUACAGAACGAAUGAAUAAUCUUGAUGUAAAGUUGAAUGUGACACCUCUUAACUAGAUGUCUACUAUUAAACUGUAGUGCUAACGUAGGCGUGGUUUGAACCCUCUUAAACCUACGCGUACAAAAACGUUUAACCUUGCACUAACCUUUCAUGUUAAACAGCGCUCACCAGCAGGACAAAUAAAAACAGCUGACAGUGAUGCUCUACUCACAUUCUGAUAAGAAAUGGCAUCAAAACCCCUAAAUCCUCUCAAAUAAAUUGUUCACAUUAUUCCUAUAUUUCAUAAUGCUAUAUUCCAGAGCAAAUGCAGGUUAAAACAUGAGAAUAUCAACUUUCAAUCAUAGCUAAAGCUUCAUCUUUCAAAGAAUGGAGGAUGACCCAAAUAAAGGGACUCUGAUUAUACAUGACCAGCAAAUUUCGCUACUUUGUCAUCUACCUUUUAAUGAAAUUGAGGUAAAAAAAAAAAAAAAUUCAAUUUGAUACUGAGCUGGCAUGUUCCAUGCUUAUAGUCCAUGAAUUGCAUAUUUGAUCACCUAAUCAAGUAAUUUUUUGAUGUAAGUUGAGAAUGCUGGCAGGAUAUUAUGCACUGAUAAAUUACUGAUCAUGAAACAGGUUUUUAUCCAUCCUUAUAUCUUAAACCUAUGAACAGUUUUUAGUAAAUCAUUUUUAUGAGCCUUCUCAUUUUCAGGUGACGAACUGAACGGUGCUCCAUGAACUGGUUAAAGCUCGGGAUGUUUUGUAACCUGACCCUGCUUUAAACAGCUCCAUGACAUCAUCACUGUGUUACUUAAUGGUAACACAGUGAUGCUGCUUGUUCUCUAACCAGUGUCGCUCCUAAGAGAGGGGGAGGGGGAACCAUGGCCCCCUCUUGAAAAAUGUAAAUAUGAACAAAUAAAUAAAACCGCUUUUACUUUUUUCCUUGCA